AAUUGAUGCCUCCCAUACGAUAGGAGUGAGUGACCAGUAUCUAACAGUGACGCAAGACCAGGAUUCAGAACCUCCAAAACAACCCCAACAGAUCAGUCUAAGCGAAACAAACUAUGGGCACAAAGACGCCUUCAGGCAGGAGGAUCCCAGUGGUGGAUCUUGGUCAGCUGGGUUUGGGGUGGGACAAGGAGACCAGCCAGGAGGAGUGGCAAAGGGUGGCGAGAGAGCUACAUGAAGCCUUCACCGAUAUUGGCUGUGCUUACCUCACUAACCACGGUGUUCCCGACGACCAGGUGAGUCGUUUACUCUCUUCAGGUAUGGACUUCUUCUCCCUGGACAGGAAUAUAAAGGACCAGUUUGCAUAUAAUCUGGAGACCAACUCUGGCUUCAUUAGCGGAGACAGAGAACAGUGA